UCUCCUCUGUGUGGUAUCUGCUGGAUUCCUGUCCAUUUGCAGGCCAACAUCCAACUUGCCUUUACCCUCACCCUGGAGUUGCUUAAUCUAUAUUUAUGCCAUUUCCCAAAACUCAGCUGUUUCACUUGGGGUGGAGUUACCCAGCAAUGAAUUUCCAAAGAAUACGACCAACAAUUUAUAGAUCAGCAGAACUGCAUUGGUCCUGCUACCACUGAAGUAAAGAGUGUGCCGAAGGAAGAAACCAAAAUGCAGCAACUUCACCCUUUUGCCUGCAUCCUUGUGGCACUUUUGGCCUUUUGGACAGAUACAACUGAUGCUGUUACCUGUGAUCCUGAAACAGCCGCGAUUAUAGGUGGCAACUAUACUGUGUUGGAAAAUGGCUCACUGUUGCUAUACAGUUGCCCAGUUGGACAGUACCCAUACCCUACGGAGUUCCGGCAUUGCGGGUUUAAUGGGAAGUGGAGCCCCAUGCGAAAACCAAAUCGCGCCGCCAUCCACCAAGCCAAGUGCUACGACAUCCGUUGCCAAAGACCUUUGGAUUUUGAAAAUGGCAUGUAUGAGCCAAGGCAGUUCUACUACAAUGUAAGCCAGGAGCUGACAUUCGAGUGCUAUGGAGGAUACAUAUUGCGAGGAUCUCAGAAGCGCACCUGUCUCCCAAAUGGAAAGUGGAGUGGAGAGACAACUAUAUGUGAUGACGGAGCUGGUCACUGUCCCAACCCUGGUAUCCCAAUUGGUGCCCGAAAAGCUGGCACGCAAUACAGGAUUGAAUACAAAGUCCAAUACACCUGUGAAAGAGGCCUCUCUCUUGUGGGAUCCAAAGAGCGGGUUUGCCAAGAGUCAGGAAUGUGGAGUGGAGCAGAGCCGGAAUGUCGAAGCCCAUACAGCUUUGACACCCCAGAAGAAGUCUCCUCCAAGUUCAUUUCAUCCCUCACUGAAACUGUUGAGUCCAUCGAUUCUGAUAAAAAUGUUUCCACUACAGGGAAGCGCAAAAUCAAGAUCGAGAAGGACAGCUCACUGAACAUCUACAUUGUCAUUGAUUCCUCGCGGAGCAUUAAGCAGGACCAAUUCAAGGAAGCUCAGAAUAUGUCCGUCAAGUUAAUUGAGAAGAUCUCCAGCUAUGACAUCUCUCCCAAGUAUGGUGUGGUCACCUUUGCGACCGAAGUCAAGGAGCUUGUCCUUACCACAGAUGAACGGAGCAGCGAUGCAGCCUGGGUGAUUGAGAAACUAGAGGGGAUCAAAUAUUCAGAUCACAAACAGAAGCCAGGGACCAACAUCCACAAAGGCCUUACUGCUGUCUACACAAUGAUGAUCAGCCAGGAAGCAGCGGAAAGGAGGCGAGGGUUGAAUCCUCCUCCAGUGUUAGAGAAGACUCGCCAUGUUAUUGUCCUCCUGAGUGAUGGUGACUACAACAUGGGUGGUGACCCAACAUCUGUCAUCAAACAAAUCAGGGGUUUCCUCCACAUUGGAAUUAAUCACACCAAUCCCCGAGAGGACUACUUAGAUGUUUACAUCUUCGCUGUUGGGGGCACAGUCAACAUGGAAAACGUGAAUAAGAUUGCAUCUCAAAAGAGUGGUGAGAGGCAUGCCUUCAAACUAAAAGACUACAAUGACCUCCAGGUGGCUUUUGACGAGAUGAUCGAUGAGAGUGAGACUUUGUCCAUGUGUGGUUUGGCCAAGGAACACAAAACGCCAGACUACCAACUGAGGAACCCCUGGUACACCACAAUCGCCAUCCGGCGUUCAGGUGGUGCAUAUGAGCACUGCAAAGGAGCCCUUGUUUCCAAAUACUAUGUCCUGACUGCAGCCCAUUGCUUCACUAUCGAUGAUGAAGCCGAUCAGAUCACUGUCUACGUCGGAAGGACACAAUAUAGUGUGGCUGCCCUCUACUCACAUCCAAAGUAUCAGAUUGGGAAGCUACGGGAUCGUGGAAUCCCUGAAUUCUAUGAUUACGAUGUUGCUCUAGUAAAACUUGCCGCCAGCGUCAGAUUCUCGGCUCUUGCAAGGCCUGUCUGUCUACCAUGUACAGCAGGAGCUACCCGAGCUCUGAGAAAACCCCAUCCUCAGACCACCUGCAGGGAUCAUGAGGAAGAACUUCUCCCUGCUGCGAACGUCAAUUCUCUUUUCGUAACUGACUGCGAAGACGGUGGCAAAAAAGGGCUGCGUCGCAGAAUCGUGCGGAUCAAGAAUGGGGACAAGAAACUGGCCUGCGAGGAAGAUGCCAAGAAAGCCGAUCAAUACAAAAAUAUUACAAAUGUGGCAGAUGUAGUGACAGACCGUUUCCUCUGCACAGGGGGCUUCGAUCCUGAGUUGGACCCAAACACUUGCAAAGGUGAUUCUGGCGGCCCCCUCAUCAUUCAGAAAAGGCUGCGUUACAUCCAGGUGGGUGUCAUCAGUUGGGGCGUCGUGAAUGUCUGCAAGACCAGGGAGCCCGUGUGCGAAGGGGAAAGAGGUGCCCAGCAGAACUCCCCCAGCCAUGCCAGGGAUUUCCAUCUCAACCUCUUCAAGGUCAUACCGUGGCUCAAGGAGAAACUGAGCAAUGAGGAGCUGGAUUUCCUAUAGACCUGCUAUUCAGUACAACCAGCAUCUUUAAAUGCCAUAGAUGAAAGGUCAGGCUAGCAAUUGUAUAUUAAAUUGCCAUUUGCGAAAAGAAA